CUAUGCCGAAGACUGAAUGUGCAGAUGUUUAUGGUGUAUCUGGACAAAUGAAGGCAUUUAAGAGAAUUCCAGUGUUGUGUGAGUUUACCAGGUACUGUAGAUAUGCAUAUCAUCCGUCAACAUCAUAACAGGCUUUUUCGGUCUCGAGCAAAAUGACACUGGGAAUCGGUUUUGACCGGCAAAUGCAACCACUGCGUGACAAGUUUGUGUGGUGCUAUUUCCUACUCGGUUCAGCUGCCAGUCGUCAGGGGCCUUCCAACAACUGGACGAGCCCAGCCAAAUGACGUUUCUUUAUUUUCUUCGUCAGUAGUAAGUACAGUAUAUGAAGUAAAUAUUACAAACUUUAGUGAACAGUGUUUAUAUAUCGAGAACACCGAGGGUAAAGGCCAUUCAAAAUGUCGGAAAAACGGGACGUGUGUCGUGAAGAUGUCGAGAAAUACUUGGACACCCAUCAAGAUAUUGCUGUGGAGAUUUUUGCCGCGAAGGCCACACCAGAGUUGGUGGAUGGAUGGCUGUCUAAGCAUUCGGUCGGACAUGUUUCAAAGAGUAUGUCUAGCCAUGAAAUUGGUUCUUGGCCUGAUGUCUCCGCCUGUGCGUCCAACACGGAGAAGCACAAAAUGUUGCACUCCCUGCGGAAAAGUUUUGCAGGGGCCAGUGGAAGUUUGCGGAGCCUGUUGUCACCAAGGAAACGGAAAAUCGUGCGAAGAAAUAAGUCUGCGCUUCGGCAGCUUGACGAGAAAGAUUUAUUUAUGGAACUGAUUCGGGACAUAGCUGAUGAACUUGACCUACACACGCUCAGUCAUAAGAUUCUGAUGAAUGUGAGUAUCCUGACAAAUGGGGACCGCUGCAGUCUCUUCCUAGCCCGUGGAAAUCGUGAAAAUCGCUACCUGGUAUCAAAGCUCUUUGAUGUGACAGAGAAUUCAACAGUGGAGGAUGCCCUUCAUACAGAGGCAGACGAAAUUCAUAUACCCUUUGGACAGGGUAUAGCCGGGCAUGUGGCCCAAACCAAGGAGACGAUCAACAUCAAAAAUGCAUAUGAGGAUCCUCGCUUCAAUCCGGAAGUGGAUAAGCGAACGGGCUACCGCACCUACAGCAUUCUGUGCAUGCCCAUCAUCAACCAUGAAGGCGACGUGAUCGGAGUGGCCCAAGUCAUCAACAAGGUCUCCGGCUCCCAUGAAUUCACCAACAAAGAUGAGGAGGUCUUCAGGAAUUACCUGACAUUUUGCGGUAUCGGCAUCAUGAAUGCCCAGCUGUUUGAGAUGUCCGUCAACGAGUACAAACGCAAUCAGAUGCUACUGCAGCUGGCCCGUGGCAUCUUUGAGGAACAGACCUCCCUGGAGAGCGUGGUCCACAAGAUUAUGAAGGAGGCCAUCACGCUGCUCAAGUGCGAGCGAUGCUUGGUGUUUCUUCUCGAGGAUCACGAUAAAUCGGCCUUUAUGAGCGAGCUGAGCGAGCUCAGUCAAUCCACUGGUACGCUGAAGGCGUUGGAAUCACCGACCGCUGUCAAAAGCAAUGCCGAUUUGGACUUGACCAAGGAAUUUCAUGCAGGUUUCAGCAAAGCUUUUGACCUGAUGGCCCUGAAGAAGGAGGAGAUCAAACAGCCAAGUGAUGACAUGCUGAAGAAGUCAGUAUACAGUGAGAUAGCUAAAUAUGUGGCUCUGACUGGAAAGACCAUCAACAUAGAGAAGUUUGACACCCAGACCAAGUUCAAGCUGAUCUAUGACGCUGACAAGAACUUCCGGCUGCACACCUUGCUCUGCCAGCCCAUCUACAACAGCCAGAACAAGAUAGUGGGCGUGGCCGAGAUGAUCAACAAGACGGGCACCGCCCUCAACCCCACCUUCACUGACCAGGACGAGAACCUGUUUGAGGCUUUUGCCAUAUUCUGCGGACUGGGCAUCCACAACACGCAGAUGUACGAGAGCGCCGUCAAGCUAAUGGCCAAACAACAGGUGGCGCUAGAGGUCCUGUCGUAUCACGCCACGGCACAGCAGGAUGAGGUGGAAAAACUCAAGCAAGCUGGCCCAGUGGAAAGCACUGAGAAGCUGAACCUGCAGACGUUUGCCUUCAGUGAUUUCACCCUGGUGGAGGAUGAGACUCUGCAGGCCUCCAUCUGUAUGUUUGAGGAGUGCAACCUCAUCAACAAAUUCCACAUCCCUUAUGACGUCUUGUGCCGUUGGUUGUUGAGCGUACGCAAGAACUACCGACCCGUCAUCUACCACAACUGGCGACAUGCUUUUAACGUUGCACAAACCAUGUUUGCCAUGUUCAAGACUGGUGGAAUGAGCAAAGUCAUGUCUGAUCUGGAGGCCUUUGCUCUGCUGGUUGCCUGCCUCUGUCAUGACUUGGAUCACCGCGGCACAAACAAUGCUUUUCAACUGAAGACUGCUUCAGCUCUGUCCCAGUUAUAUAGCACCUCCACCAUGGAGCAUCAUCACUUUGAUCACUGCAUCAUGAUCCUCAACAGCGAGGGGAACAAUAUCUUCCAGUUCCUCUCGCCCGAGGACUACCGAGAGUUGAUUCGCAUGCUGGAGGGUGCCAUACUGUCCACCGACUUGGCGCUGUACUUCAAGAAACGCAAUGAUUUUUUCAAGCUGGUUGAGCAAGGAGUGACGGACUGGGAGGAACCUAAGCACAAGGACCUGCUGAGGGGAAUGAUGAUGACUGCCUGCGAUGUGUCGGCCAUCACUAAGCCCUGGGAGGUCCAGCGCCGGGUAGCCGAGCUGGUCGCCAGCGAGUUCUUUGAGCAGGGCGAUAUGGAGCGGGAACAGCUCAAAGAGGAGCCCAUUGCCAUGAUGGAUCGGAGGAAAAAAAGUGAACUUCCCAAAAUGCAAGUGGGGUUCAUUGAUGCAAUAUGUAUGCCCGUGUACAAGAAUCUAGCCACUUUGCAGCCCCAAUUGGCCCCGCUGCACGACGGCGUGCAGCACAACCGCAGCCAGUGGCAGCAGCUGGCUGACACCGAGGCCGAGGCCCACAAGGCCGAGGAGGCCCAAAAGGCCGAGGAGGCAAAAAAGAAGAGAAAAGCCAGCCAGGACCCGGGGAAGGAGCGCAACGCCACGGCCAAGGAUGAGAAAGCCUAUCUCGCCAAGCAUGCUCAGGAGGAAGCCGCCUCCACGUCCAAGGGAGUGGCCGCCGCCCCCACCCAGAGCAAGAACCAGAAGAACUCAGUGGGCAGCACCACCAGCAACGCGGUCAGCAACCAGUGCAAAGAGGCCCUGGCGCCCAACAAGAACCGCAGUAGCUUCUGCGUGGUGGUCUAGUCAGUCCCAACAGGAUUCUCCCCUUCUCCUUACUACGUUCAUCAGCUCCUUAAAGUGUGUGACAACCGUCUCUCACACUUGUAUAUGAAUGCACGGUAACUCGGUCAGAUUCAGUCCUUCCUACUGUUUGUAGAUCUUCCUUCUUUGUGGUGGUCAAACAUGUCCCGCGUGGCAUCACAAAAAAAAAACAUAGAGGAUCUGUGUGGAUCUAGUUGAAAAAGUGCUAAAGAUGUUUUAUUCACUUAUUAUGGGUGCUCGUUUCAUAAUAGUUGGAAAACUGAGUUGGACAAAGAUGCUGAUGCACACACUCCAUAAACUAGCAAUAACAUGUCUGUGCUACUAAUUAACUUGGUCAUGCCGGCUUUAGUCAACAGGUCUUUAAAAAAAAAAAGGACUCUGUCAUCAGUAGGCUUUGGAAAUGCUCCAAAGGAAAAAUUGUAUCCGAAAACCAGAGAGUUAAUCCUGAGAAUAAGGAUCAAAAUUCUAAACUUUGAAUAAGGCUGCCAGAUGUUUUGGAUGGGUAUAGUUCAAGUUUGAAAACCAUCACAGAUUUUUGAUGAAUUGUUGGUUAUUUUUUUUUCAAUUUUCAGGGAAAAUGCUAAAUACAUCUCCACAUAAAAGGUUGCGCGGGGAGGUAAGGCCCAGACGUCAAGGUUAAACAUAGUGUACCAAAGUCAAAAUGGUUUUGCUGUACCAUUCCAUAAGAGUAAGGCCAAACAAAUUGUGCCACAGGCUUGCAUAUUCUAGACCAUUCCUUGUAUUCUUGCAAGUGAAAAUGUGGCUCCUGAAUCUGUUGACCAGUUCACGCCGGGAUUAUUUUGACAAGAACGCCAUGAGGCGCGGGAUUACUUUUCUCUCAACCUCAUGCCGGGCGGGUUGAAGACAUCACCCUCGGGCAGCACACUCAUAUUUCCGGCCUCGCUCGCUGUGAGCGGGUUGCUGACAGAUAUUUCUGGCCUCGCUCCCUGCGUGUUUAUCCGUCAUCCGUUCCGAAUACCGCAAAACCUUUUGCGGGUAUACACGUUAUCCGUCGCGAACUGGUAAAGCAACUUUACUUGUCCCCUAAUUGAACCUUAAAAUAUCUGGCAGCCUUAUGUUGAUCUCAGUUGGCUGAUAUAGUUCCCAAGAAACAUUCUGCCUAGGUUAGGAUGUAAAAAUAAAAAAAGAUAACAUCAGCAUUUUUAAAUAGGUCUUCAGUAUUCAAAUACAGUAUUCACUGUGGUGUGACUAAAACCACACAUUCUCCCCAGCCUCAAGUAUUAGUAACCAGUUUGUGUUGUCAUAGGGUGUUUUUCCGUGUCCAGAUGCUUCAACUGGAAUGGCCUUUGGUCCAAAAGCAACGUGUUUUGUUUUGUUCCAAAACCAACGAUCUUAAACAUCAUUCUGCUCAAUUCGGUUGCAACUGCCUUUCUCGCUUUCAUCUCAAAUUAUCAAUUUUUAUUUAAAAACUACCACAAUAAAACCACCAAAAGCAGGUGUAUUUGUGCUCAAUGGAUCACUUUUUAUGAAACUUCGACGUUUACGUGUGUGUGUGUGUGUGCAAUAAAACAUUAUGUUUGGGGUUAAGAAAAGCGGGGGAAAAAUUGUUCAUAUUUCUUUUUAUGCAAAUUGUACAUUCAGAUAGCAUAUUCAGUGAGUAAAUGCAAAUUCAUUAUAUAUAUUAUAAUCUAUAUCGGUUACGUUUUAAGAGUUGACUGCUUGUGUAUCUAUAAUUUAUAAUUUAUCUUUUUAAAACGUUAGUUUGUUCAUUUGAAGAGAUUUAAGUUUGAUUGUUCACGCCAAGAUAUCUUCAGCUUGCCAUGAGAUUUUUUUUUUAUAAAAUGAUUUUGUGAUUCUGUGGGAAAGAUUACAUAAUUGUUUAAUCAGACUAAGUUGGACUUUACCGGAUAAAACAACCUGCCCUCAAUUAAAGCGGUAAACUAGCUGAUUGGAAUCCCACAAUUUCUUGUGAUUUGUACUUAAGCAUCCCACUGCAUAUUCAUGGUGGGAAAACGGAACUUUUCUCUCUUCCUUGAGGUGAAUGUACAUAAAUGAAGCUUUAACGAGAAGGGUUGCCCUGGAAAUUGGGACGCCCUCAAAAUAUCUUAAAGGAGGUGGUAGCAACAGGCCAUCGUGAGUGGCUGAGGACUCGGCCCAGUGCUGUAUGGCUUGCUUAUCCUGUGUUGCGUUAAAGACUUUCUCAGGGUUCACCGUGUUUCACAACUUAACUGUAAAUAAUGUUAAAUAAAAUGAAAAUGAACUAAUUUAAACAAAAAAAUAGAUAUAUUUCAGCCGAUGUAUAGUAGUUGGUUUUUGUGUUCAGGUUUUAAGGAACAAAACGUUGACUGGUUUCGAUUAGUUUACACGGCCGGUGUCAAAUUUUUUUUUUAAGUUAGCGAAGGAUUCAGAAACAGUCGCUCAACUUCUUUCCAAAACAAAAAGACAAUCUGGAAAAAAAUUGUGCAGAUUAUAAUUUUCCUGAUCUGUCUACAUCUCCUUUGCAAUUUUUGGUGGUUACCACUUCCACCUCGGGAAAUUAACUUCGGGUAACUCAUGGCGUUUCCUUGAUUCAGCCAAAAGCUGGAUUCUUCGCUAACUUAAAUUUAAAAAAAAAAAAAAAGGCACACGAGCCAGGGUGUUUUUGAAGCACGUUUAAUAAAUUGAAUCUUUUCAACUAUAGCUUUGUAUGACAAAGAACAUGUUCAUAAGUGUAAUUUAUAUUAUAGUUCUUUCAGAUUUACAUUUUUUACUAGCAGCUUUUCACAGUUUAGCGAGUCAACACUGUUCAUACUAUACUGUAAUUAAAAAAAAAUACGAGUUUAAUUACCAAGUGAUUUAUGCAUUAACCGAAUGGAGAUAUGAUGGUUAUAUAUUUCCCCAAUUUGAUGUGCACCAGAUAAGUAACAGCAUCUGUAUGUAUUGUAGAGACUGCACAUCCCUGUAUAUCACCGAUGGUAUCUUCCAAAGCACACGUGUUUGUAGGCAAAGCCAGGAGGCUUAAUUAUUUAAAAAGGUGAUAUUUUUUAAAAAGUUGAAGUGUUCAUAUAUUAUGCAAGUUUUAUCACCCGGCACUGCAGACUAGAUUGGAAUGCAUACAUAUAUAUGGCUUGAUAGGGAUAGCAAUUAUAUAUGAAAAUUUGAUCAGUUUCGAUACGGAUUGUGUUUUAAUUUUUAACACUAGUCCGUUCUCCCAACACCCUUGCUAAUAAAAUGGACAAAUGUGGGCACAGUAGGGUUAGCAAGUUAACACGGCAGUCGCGUAGUGAAGCUUGCGUGAUGUGUAUGUACUGCUUUCAACUUGGUCUUAAUUAGCUGCUGCCACUGUACAAAGUGGAGUAUACGAUACUUAGUUGUAGGUCAUAAUAUGCAUAUGUUAGCAAAAAAAUUUAACAAAUCAUUUUUCAUUGGUUGCUAAGUGCUGUGACGAUAUUCCUACUUUCUAACCUGAUUGGCCAAUUCAAUUGCACAAUUAAGGGUUAGACUUAGCCCGGUAUCUCCACGUAUUGAUCCCCUAUGAGUGGUCGUCUUUUCUGACUAUAUUUUAGUUCACUUUUACUAGUGAAAAAUCGGCAGGCGUGGCAGAAAAAAAAGAAAAUUUCAAGCCAAUCUCUUGCCAGAUGCUUCAUGUACAGUGCACGUUAUUUCAAGUGAGAUACGACAAUGGGUAUUCCUGUGUGCUUUUCUCAAUUUUACAGUAUUACUUGAAAAUGUCAACCUCAUUUUUAUUAUUUUGGGCAUUUUGAGAAAGUAUGGAGUGUAAACUAAAAAAUCAGCACAUUUUUGUGUUGCAUACUGCAUGGAUCAUCAUCUUGAAGAGUAAGGGGGCUCAUUUUUCACAGAUUUCUAUUUUAUGAAAACUGAUAAUUAUUAGGGAAAUUAAAAGCAGCUGUUUUGAAAGAAGGCUUUUUUUUUGUUCAUUGAAAGUCCGAAUUUCAAAUUGAAUUCUCAAGGUCUUGGUUUAAAAUAAAAUGCACGAUACACCUUUUUCAAAUGUCAAGUACUCGAUAUGAUAAAAAAUAAAUUUCUCUGCUGUAGAAUAUGCAUGUUGUCCCUUUGAGCAGCCUAAUCAUACAAAAUUAGAGAGGAAAUAUUCCACAUAAGUACCCUUGCUGCAAGGAAUUGAUACAUGUUAUUCAUUGUAAUUCACUGUACAAACUUACAGAUUUUAUAACAGGUAAAUUUCAAUUGAUAAUUAUAAAAUACCAUUCGAAUAUUCAAAGUGGGGUCGGGUCAGUGGUAUGAUAUUGGGGCUUUCAUGAUGUUUUAGUAAGUUUUUUUUAAUAUCCAAUACCCUCGAAAAAAUCUUUGAAAGCCUUGUACAGUUUCAUCUUGGCAGUUACUGAUGGUUAAUUUUUUUACCCAUUUGUUAAAAUCAAUUCAGUAAAACGAUUUAAGGCUUUUUUGAUAUAAUUGCUUACAAUAUGUUACUAGGCCCAGGCAUGCUAACGUUAAACCUUGUUGCUUAAAAAAAAAGCGUUUUGUUCUGAAGCUUUUCUUAUAUUAAUCUGUGUUGGCAUUGUAUUGAUUGUUCAGAGAAUGAAAUAAUUAUUGAUGAUGAAUACAAUAUAAAUGCAGGUCUGAUUUUUUUUUUUUACGAUCAAUUUUUGCUUGUGUUUUCGUAACUUUUUGAUCCAAGCAGACACUGCGACAAUAUUGAUAACAUUUUGAAUGCAAAAGCAAAAAAAAAGAGAGAAAAAUCCCCUGGCCAGUGUUUGUGCAGUUUAACAUCGAAUAUUUGUUCAUGUUUUCAUUGUGCUGUGGCAGGCAUUGAUUACAUUAAGUAUCUUUUUUUCUACAAACAAAACAAAAACUUUGAAAAUGUUGUAGAUUGGCAUCAGAUCUGGGCCCAAUUUCAAAACAGCAGAAAAUUUGUUCCUAGCAAACUUAUGCGCUAAGCAACGCUCAGCAGACCAGUCAAGAGCAAUAAACAUACAGCAUUUUGGCUGGUGUUUUCUGGCCUCGGGUCAAAAAAUUCACCGUUAUGGUAUAUCAUAAGAGGUCCGUUUUCUUCUUGUUCAAAACACAGAAACGUAUAGAGUUUCCUUAAUUUGAACUAAAAUGCCAAAUUGAAAUCCUCAGUACAUCGGCCUAGUGGACCUAAGUACUAGAGUGUCAUUAUUCACUGGUUCACCACUCGCACCACAAUCAGCACUGUUACUAACAUUAUAUUCAUGUAAAGAUUUCCUUUGUAGCCAGAUAACGGUUGAAGUACUAUUAACAGAAGGUAACUCAUUAAAUUAUUUUGUUUCUGGUACUUAAAAAAAAACAAAGACUUUUUAAUUCCAUCCAUUAAUUAAAACACACCAUGUUGCAAUAUUAUACUGCCACAUAGUUGCAAUAAACUGUUAAUUAAUUCCUGAAGAAAAA